UCUGGAGGAGCAGAAAAAGGAAACAGACCCAGGCUCAGCAUGGCAGGACGCUCCGGCACCGACAGGCUGUUUAAGGUGCUGGUCGUUGGGGAUAUAGGCGUUGGGAAAAGCAGCAUCAUCCUGCAGUAUGUUAACAAACGCUUCAGUAAAACGUAUAAAGCCACCAUCGGAGUCGACUUCGCUCUGAAGACGGUCAACUGGGACGCCAGGACGGUGGUGAGACUGCAGCUGUGGGACAUCGGAGGACAGGAGCGUUUCAGGAAGAUGUCCCUUUACUACCGGGCUGCGAUGGGGGUCUUGGUGGUGUCAGACGUCACCAGCAGCUCCAGCCUGGAGGCGGCGGCGCAGUGGAAGCAGGACCUGGACAGCAAAGCAUCUCUGGAGGACGGACGCCUCCUCCCCGCCGUCCUGCUGGCCAACAAGUGUGACCUAAUGGGAGGAGACGCAGACCUGGAGACACAUCUGGAAAACUUCUGCAGGAAACACCAGUUCACAGGCUACUUCCAGACCUCUGCUAAGGACAACAUCAACAUAGACGAGGCGGGGGGGCCCUCCUCAUCAGACACAUGAUGCUCUGUGACGACGGGGGGGGAGGAGACAGGGGCCACAGUGAGGCUUCAGGGCCCCGGAGAGACUGGGAGCCAAUCAGGCUGCUGCUGGAGGACAAAGACACAAAUAAAUACCAGAAUGUUUUUCAUGCAAAGACAUGUGAGACAUGAGGGGAUAAUGAGACAAUGGGCCCCCACACAUGGACAUGCAAAGGGCCCCCACAUCCUGUCCAAGAGAGGAGUAAC